CUCAUCAAACAAUAGACAGUAUAGAGGCCUUCGACCAUAUCACAUAUUCUACACAUGUUGUUACCAUUAAUAAUGAGUCAGAGACUUUUAAUAACGUAGACGGUAUGAAACUAGGUAAUAGAUCACAAGUUUGGAACAAUGUCUCUGAGAACGUAUCAGUAUAUUCAACUAUUUCUCAAUGGCCUUCGGACAUCGCAAUUACUGAAUCUGAACGAUUGUUCUCACUACUUAAAAACCAGAAAGAUAAAAUUGAUAACAUUUUGGAUUCACAUGCUGUAUAUGCAGUGG